UUUGUUAUUUAAUCAGGCUCAUUGCUGCUUGUCUGAAAUUUAGGUUAUUUAACUUAUAAAAAAAAUGAUUUGAUUUUGUAGGAUCAGUUUGAUCUACAAGGCAAUCCGAGUGAUGUAGCAAGGACUUUAAACACACAGUUUGGUCGGCGAUUGAGUAGCUUCACCUAUAGGUUGCACAAACAAUACAAGCAACUUAAGGAUGCAAGAGGGGAGGAGUACGCGAGAAGCCACCCACCUACAAGUGUUACUCUUAAUCAAUGGACAUCUCUAAUUGACAAGAAGUGGAAUAGUAAAGAAUUCAUGGAACAAUCACUAACUAAUGUGAAUAAUAGGAUGCAAAUGAAAACAAAACAUAGAUGUGGAUCAAAAUCAAUCCCGGUUAGGGUGCACAGCUCGAUAAUUGCAAAUGGAGAAGUUCCUGAUUUGGCAAAGUUUUACAAGUCCAUCCACUAUAAUUCGAACACACAUGAAUGGAUUUCGUCGGAGAGCCAAGCUAAUUAUGACAACAUGAUAAAGACGCAAGCCGAACACCUCUCGCAGACUGGUGUGAUCCCUUUAAGCCAAGAGGAGUUGUCAGUUAAGGUACUUAAGCCAAGGUCAGGUUAUGUGAAAGGACUCGGCUUGAGGCCUUCUUCUUCUAUGAAGACUAUUGUUGCACCUGCUGAAAAUAGUGACUAUGUUCAACGCCUUGAGAUGCAAAUAGCACAGCAAAAUGAACAAAUAGCAAGGUUUCAAAAGUCAGAGAAGAAACAAAGCAAGAAGAUACAAAGUAUCAUAGAGUGUUUGACGCAGAAAGGUAUCACGGGAAAUUUUGAGAAUGGGGAAAGUUCAGAUUCUGAUGAACAAGCUUCUUGGUUAGUAUAUUAUGUUUAUAUGUUAAUUUAGUAGAACAUUUCUUCUUUAACUAGGGU